AUGUCCUCGAGCAUCAAGCCCCUAGUGCUUCACGCCCACACAACUGGCCCCAAUCCCAUCAAAAUCGCCAUUGCCCUCGAGAAGCUCAAGGUCCCCUACGAAAUCAAACUCUGGGAGUUUGGUGAUGAUCCCAAGAAUGGCCUCAAGGGAGCCAAGUUUCUUACCAUCAAUGAGAAUGGUCGUGUUCCUGCCCUCGAAGACCCAAACACUGGUGUCGUCUCUUGGGAGUCUGGUGCCGUGAUGAACUACAUCAGAAGAAAGUAUGAUUCAGGGAACAAGUUGGGUCCACAGGGAAAGAGCGAGCAGGACUUAGUCGAUUUCGAGAAGUGGGAGUACUUCUUACUCACGACUUUGGGCCCGAUGACUGGACAGACCAAUUGGUACAGGUAUGUGUUUGUCUUGGGCGAUUCUUUGUCUAGCUUUGAGAGCUGUGGGCCAUUACUGACUUGUGGUGAUAGACACUACAAUGAGGUCAAGAACGAGGAUGCAUUGAACCGAUAUGCGGCACAAACACACCGCUGUUACCAGGUUCUUGAAGGCCAGCUGAAGAAGACUAAUGGCGAAAGUAUCUUGCCUGGUGGCUACACGGCCGUUGAUGCACACUAUGAGCCCUGGGUUCGCCAGCACGCUUAUGCUCAGCUGAGCCUGGAUGACUAUCCGAUGGUUUCGAAGUGGCUGAAGCAGUACGGCGAGACUGAUGAAGUGAAGGCUGCGUACAAGAAGAUUCAAGAUGCGACUUCGUAG